AUGCAUCUAGGAAAUCUAUUGAUUGCCGUCAUUCUAUUUCGAUCAUGGCUACGUCUGAGACAUAUCCCAGGCCCACGGACAGCAUCUUUAACAAACCUCGUGCGACGAUCCUGGGUAAAGACCGGAGAUGCGCAUCAGAUACACACCGACCUACACCGCAAAUAUGGCACUGUAGUACGCUCCGGACCCAAUGCGGUCAUUGUAUCUCAGCCUAAGGCCAUCGACACUAUAUACGGGUUCAAAAAUCGGCUUGAGAAGUCAGAAUUCUACGACUCCAUCAUGCCCCGAAGCAAGGGCGGAAAACUCCCUGAUAUCUUCGCAACCCGCGACGAAGACGUCCAUCGCCGAAUGAGAAGGCCCGUGGCUCGAUUAUUCUCCGUGACGAAUUUGACUACAUUCGAGCCAGCCAUGGCGUCUACUAUGGAGCACUUCUUCUCUCGUCUGGAUGAACGCUUCGCGAAUAAGGAUGCGGAGUUCGAUCUGUUCAAAUGGAUUCAGUUCUUCAUGUUUGAUGUUUUGGGACAGGUCACUUUCUCGCGCGAGUUGGGAUGUUUGGAGAAUGGGGAUGAUGUCGAUAGUAUCGUGGCGAACAUUUGGGCUUAUUUUAGAAUGGUUGCUGCUAAUACGCAAAUGCCCUGGCUUGAUUAUCUCUGGCGAGAUAAUCCGCUCGUUCCAGGCUCUACAAAGAGAAACCCACUGGUUGAGUUUGGAUUUGCACGAAUCACGGAACGGAUGAGCUUGAGCGAGAAUGAGAAGGAAAAUCUCGGGCAGACGGAUUUUCUCGCGUGUUUUCUCCAGGAACAGGCUAAGGAUAAGGAUAACACUCUUCCCCCUCUGUUCGUCCCGACAUGGGUAAACUCGAACAUCGUGGCCGGCGCAGACACAACCAGCAUCCUAGCCAGCGCGUGCAUGUACCAUCUCCUCAAGAAUCCUUCUUCCCUCGCAAAACUCAAAGCAGAAAUCGACGUCGCGACUGCUAAAGGCCGUCUCUCGAGAUACGUCACUUGGAAGGAGACAAAGGAAUUAUCGUACCUUGACGCCUGUAUCAAGGAGGCUACGAGGAUGCACCCGCCUUUCGCCCUUCCUUUUGAGCGUGUAGUGCCUAAGGAUGGUCUGGUUGUCGAUGGGUAUUUUAUUCCUCCAGGCACGAGAGUCGGCAUGAACCCGUGGGCAGUGCACCGCGAAAAAUGGCUAUUUGGUGCGGAUCCGGACGCCUGGAGACCUGAACGCUGGCUAUGCGGUGAGGCCAAGCAGCAGGAAAUGUAUAAGUCUCUGUUGACGUUUGGCGCCGGUCAUCGAAGCUGUCUCGGAAAACAUCUUGCUUAUUUCGAGACGUAUAAACUUGUUCCGUCUCUUUUGCGGCAGUAUAAUAUUGAACUAGUAAGUCCUGUUGGCGACUGGACGGUUGAAAACAAGUGGUUGGCCAAACCGUCUGGGUUCCAAGUUAAGAUCUCAUCCCGCAAAUAG